UACCAUUUCUGUUGUGAUUCUUACGAGUCCCAUUUAGUGUUUCACCACCAAAUAUUCAACCUGACAGUAAAAAGGGUGGAGACCGCAAGAUGAAGAGCCAGGCCCUACACACUACAUCUCCACACCUCAACCCUGGCCUGUUGGGUGGAACCUCAAGGUUAUUAGUAAGAAUGAUCUACUCCCAGCUAGGGGUAACGCACACACCAGCCAGUUACCGGUUUGGCGUAUGAAACGGUCAUAUAAGAAUUAUUUGGCGUCUCCAUUACAGGGUUCCAGUUUCCUAUGUUUUCUCCUCGGGUAUCCCCCUUGCCUUCCCCCUUCGCCUUUCCCGCCCUCGCCUAAGCCCUCGCCCGCGCGAGGAAUUGUGGGCCAGCCCCCCCGCCACCAGCCACGGGGAGCGCUGGGUGCCCAAUCCCCACACCCACGCACGCCUUCCCCGCGAGUCCAGUAUGAAGCAUGGUGGUUUCUGAGACCGUUGGUUCGCUGCCCGCCUAACUUAAGAAGGAGCUGGAAAACAAAGUGACGUCAGAGUGACAAGGGACAAGAGGCGGGCAUAUGGAGAUGAAGACCGCGGUGACUGCGUGUUCGAGCUUAUUCUUCACGAGGCAGAAUUUCCACUACAUAUCCACUGGUGUACGCUGGUCAUGUCAUGUGAAUAACCUUGCAGUUUGGAACCGAAGGUCUAAAGAACUUGGAAUGAUGUCUCGGGCUGUUCAUCUUCCAGUUCCCUGUCCCGUUCAGCUUGGUUCCUUAAGAAAUGACUCCUUGGAAGCUCAACUUCAUGAAUAUGUCAAACAAGGGAACUAUAUGAAAGUGAAGAAGAUUCUUAAGAAAGGGAUUUAUGUUGAUGCAGUUAAUUCUCUCGGCCAGACUGCACUUUUUGUUGCAGCGUUAUUAGGCCUUAAGAAAUUAGUUGAUGUUCUGGUGGAUUAUGGAUCAGAUCCCAAUCACCGCUGCUUUGAUGGAAGUACUCCUGUUCACGCAGCAGCAUUUUCAGGCAAUCAGUGGAUCCUCAGCAAACUGCUGGAUGCAGGGGGUGAUCUUAGACUCCAUGAUGAAAAGGGUCGAAACCCGCAGACUUGGGCUCUGACAUCCGGGAAGGAGCACAGCACCGCGAUGGUGGAGUUCAUGCAGCGCUGUGCGUCGCACAUGCAGGCCAUCAUACAGGGUUUCUCCUGUGACCUCCUGAAGAAGAUAGACUCCCCGCAGCGGCUCAUCUGCGGCCCACCGCGGUUUGGUGGUCUCAUACAGGGAAACCCUAAUGGCUCUCCUAAUCGACUGCUUAAAGCUGGAGUCAUUUCUGCACAGAAUAUCUACAGCUUUGGCUUUGGGAAGUUUUAUCUCACAGGGGGAGCACAGCUGGCCUACCUAGGAUCUCUCCCAGUAAUCGGAGAAAAGGAAGUGAUUCAAGCCGAUGAUGAGCCUACCUUCUCUUUCUUCAGUGGCCCCUACAUGGUCAUGACCAAUCUGGUGUGGAAUGGGAGCAGGGUCACAGUGAAGGAGCUGAAUCUCCCCACCCACCCUCACUGCAGCAGGCUUAGGCUGGCUGACUUGUUAAUUGCAGAGCAGGAGCACAGCAGCAAGCUCCGACACCCCCACCUGCUGCAGCUGAUGGCCGUCUGCCUGUCCCAGGACCUGGAGAAGACCCGUCUUGUGUAUGAGCGUGUCACGGUCGGCACACUGUUCAGCGUCCUCCACGAACGGCGCUCCCAGUUCCCCGUGCUGCGCAUGGAGGUGAUCGUGCACCUGCUGCUCCAGAUUUCUGACGCCCUGAGAUACUUGCAUUCCCGGGGGUUUAUCCACCGCUCCCUCAGCUCCUACGCCAUCCACAUCGUCUCCACAGGGGAAGCAAGGCUAACCAACCUGGAGUAUAUGAUGGAAAGCCAAGAUGGACAUAUACACAAGGACCUGACUCGAGUGCCCCUCCCGACCCAGCUGUACAACUGGGCUGCCCCAGAGGUGAUCUUACAGAAGGCAGCCACAGUGAAAUCGGAUGUUUACAGCUUUUCUAUGAUCAUACAGGAGAUUUUAACAGAUAACAUACCCUGGAAUGAUUUAGAUGGCUCAGUUAUCAAAGAAGCCAUAGUCUUGGGAAAUUAUUUAGAAGCUGACGUCAGGCUUCCAAAACCUUACUACGAUAUUGUUAAGUCAGGCAUCCAGGUCAAGCAGAAAAACCGAACUAUGAACCUUCAAGAUAUCCGGUACCUUCUGAAGAAUGACUUAAAGGAUUUUCUUGGAACCCAGAGAACUCCACCAACUGAGAGCCCCACGGUGCAGAGAUAUGAACUCCAUCCUGAUGUCAAUGUCUAUCUAGGACUGACCUCAGAUCAUCUGAAAGAGACCCCUAACUUGGAAAUAAAAGAGCUGAAAGAAACGGGUAGUCGGCUUCAUUCACCUAGGGAUCCCCCUUCUCCCCCGGAGAAAGCAACACCAGAUCCUCAGGUCCUAGAUCCAAGUAUGAUGACCAAGGAGAUUCAGAAUCAAGACACUGCUUCUCCUGCUGGCCCUGUGGCAGAAGAGGCUAGGAGCCCCAGCCCAGGUCAGACAAGCCUCUGUAGCUUUGAAAUCAAUGAAAUCUACUCAGGCUGCCCGGACAGGGGAGAUGGCAAAGAGAAGGAGCCCCCAGAAGCGGGUUCAUCCUUCGAGGGGGCUGGACCAAGCCAGGCAGAUGAACUAAAGUCCAUGGAAGAAGAGCUGGAAAAUAUAGAGAGAGAGGCAUGCUGUUUUUGUGAUGAGGACGAGAGCUCUUCAGAAGCUAGCACAGAGCUCUCCUUUGAGGACUGGGAUUGGCAAAAUGGUUCUCUUAGUUCACCCAGCCUGCCUGAGCCAGCCAGAGGAGCCAAGGGCCAUGUGAGCAAUAGGUGUGUGACCAAGGAGUACAUCAGUAAGUGUGUGCUGAAUCUGAAGAUUUCACAGACAUUAAUGCACCAGAAUGCCGAUUUGCUCAGGAAUAUCCAACAGAAGAUUGAUAAACUUGAGAUGAUACAGAAGGAGCAGGAGGAGUGCAGGUCUUUGUGGGCUUCUUCAAGAGAGUUCGCGAACAUCUAUGACUCCCCUUCAGCCUUGGGCCCCCCAGCUUCCAGCUAUAUACCACCUCUCAUACAGCUGCCAGGGGGCCAGCAGCUGGACACCAGUGGCAAUUGCCUAACUCUGACAAGAUCUUCCAUAGUGAGAGACUUCCAAGGGGGACAUUUUGGCAAAAGGUCCAGGAAAAGAAGUGGCUGUGACUGGAAAGCUGUCACCCAAGUCUCUGAAGAAAGCACUGGAGAUCAGUCAGAGAAGAGCCAUCAGCUGCCAACUUUUUGUGGACCUGGAAAACAGAGCACAAGUGAACAAUCACAGCCCACUCAAGGAGCCAAGCACAGUCUGGAAAGAAACAGGAGCCCAAAUUCCAGCAGCCAGGGAAGACCUAAAGAGUCCAGUGCCCAAACCAAGCUGACUCAGCUUAGUAGUGCACUUGUCACUGUGUCAAGGCACCCUAAGGGCCCUGCUGUGUCGUCCAGCCCUAGCCAGGGCUCUACUAGGAUCAGUAUGGAGUCUGUAUCUUCUGAAAUCUGUAAUGCAAAGUCAAGAAAUAAUGAAGAUGAUGGAGAGGUACACUUAAAGUGGAAAAGGGAGGUGAAAGAAAUGGCAGAGAGAGUGGCUACUGGGCAGCUGGCGGUACCACCUUGGCAUCCUCAGAGUAGUGUGACUUUAGAGGAUGAGGCUAAAAAUGAGCCUGAUCUCCUGCUGCAGCCCCUGCUGAGGGACACUGAGAAAGUGGGCUGGCAGUGCACUGUAGAGUAUCCCAGGAAAAAUGAGGAGUCCGGAGGAAAUGGCAAGUGUGACAAAAUGGACAACAGUGACUGUGACAGUAACCAGCACGGCAGACAGCAUGGGCCUCGAAGCUUCACCAAUAUCAGGCACCUGUCUCCCAGAAAAAAUGAGAAGCCAGAGCAUAGUGAAGUCUUUCAAGCAAGUUCUGAUGCAUCUGUGGUCAUUGAGAAAUCUUACAGCGAUCAGUCUGUGCGAUCAACUUGUUCACCAGAAUCUUCUGAGGACAUAACAGAUGAAUUUUUAACUCCAGACCAUGAAUAUUUUUAUUCCUCGACUGCUCAAGAAAACUUAGCUCUAGAGACCUCAAGUCCCAUAGAAGAGGACUUUGAAGGAGUACAAGAUGCAUUUGCCCAGCCUCCAAGCUCUGGUGAAGAAAAGUUCCAAAUGAGAAAAAGACCUGGAAGGAAUGCUGAGGUUUUAGCCAGGUCUCAAUUCCAACCCAUACGAAGUUCUGAAGGUGAACAAGAGGAGACAUUAAAGGAAUCACCAGAGGAGCUGAAAGAGAAAGACAUAUCCCUGACAGACAUUCAAGACCUCUCCAGUAUCUCCUAUGAACAAGGUGGUUCUUUUAAGGAAGUCUCAUGCAAAACACCCAGAAUAAACCACGCACCUACAAGUGUCAGCACUCCGCUCAGCCCAGGGUCAAGUUCUUCAGCUGCCAGCCGGUAUAAAGACUGCCUUGAAAGUAUCACAUUUCAGAUUAAAACAGGGUCUACCUCGUGCUGGAACAGUCAGGAAUCUAUUCAAACUUCAUCUGAUACAUUUUCAACAGUUCGAGAGAAAGCAAAGAGCCUAGAUUCCUUUCUUACUUCCUCUGAAACUGUCCCUUCAAGAUUGACUGAUCUUAAGAGAUUGUCUGCAUUUACUGGGCCUGGUUCCUCCAGCAUUGCUAAGUCACCUGACAUAUCGUCCCAUGCCACCCAGAGAAGGAGCCUGCCGAAAGCACUAGUAGAAGCCAUUUCACAGUGUCACAUCGAUGAGCUACCACCACCAUCUCAGGAGCUGCUUGACGAAAUUGAGCACUUGAAGAAGCAGCAGGCCUCAUCCACAGUGUUGGGGGAGAACACAGCAAGUCAUCUAGGCAUCACUGCAAAAGAUCAAAGGCACUUAGAAGAACAAGAAACUAACUGUGAAAAAGAAGAUAGUAUGCUUUGGACCAAAGAAACUCAGGAUCUAGAAGAGGACACAGAGAGAGCUCACUCUACUCUCGAUGAGGACCUAGAAAGAUGGCUACAGCCCCCCAAGGACAGCACGGAGCUACAAGAUCUCCCUGAAGGCUCCACAAGGGAGGAAAAUAUUAAGGAUCAAGAAGCUGGUGAAAAGAAGAGAAAAGGAGAAGAAAGGAUCAAAUCAGAGAGAAGGAAAUCGGACAGCUUUUUAGGAACUUCUGAAGAAGAGGAACUAAAACCCUGUUUUUGGAAACGACUGGGUUGGUCUGAACCAUCCAGGAUAAUCGUGCUGGAUCAGAGUGACUUGUCAGACUAAUGGGAUUUGGAUCACAGGUGGACUCCUGGCCAGAGUUUGAGCAUCCUGCUGGUGAGCUCCAGCCUCUCCUCAUCUGCUUCAGUCACCAUCAGAGCAGUGACCCCCUAGCUCACACUUUGUUCAGCCGCCGCAAUAGACGGAACCACUGGCCCUUUCUGUUUGCACACUUAACUGUUUGUUUGCACAUUUAACAAUUUAUUUUUAGUUCACAUUUCUGAAAAGUGAAAGGCAGCUUUUACUGUAAAAUUUUCUCAUUGUUUCCAGAAUGGCUUUUGGUUUUGUUGUUUAAGAUUUUUGAAACUUUAACUCCUGUUAUAUAAUAAAAUGUUUACUGUUAAUACCAUUUAGGUUUUAGCUUUGUAAGAGAAAUUUCUUUG